CAACCUAAUUGUCUUUCUCUUCUCGUACUGUCCUCAAAUGACUUUCUCUCUGUCUCAACUCUCCCCUCCCUCCCCUGCUUCUCUCUAGCUCUGCCCAGUCUCUGUCUCCGUCUGUAACUGUAGCCUGUGUUUUUCUCUCCCUCCCACUCCCUGCGACGUAUAGAUACUGCAUUGAUCAGACACACACGCGCAGACACAUGCGCAUGCACACGCACACGCUGAGCCUCCCACUCCUUUCAUCAUUGAUUCGCUCUGCUCUGCUUUCUUUCUCUCUCUUUCUCUCUCUCUCUCUCUCUCUCUCCCCCCACCCCAUUCUCUUUCGCCCUCUCUCUCCCUCUCGCUCUCUCUCUACAGCGGCACUUGUUGAAUUCAGCCCUUGGAGAAUAGGGGGGGGGGAGAGAAACAGAGAGAGAUAAUGACAGGGAGGCAGAGGGAGGCUUUGAGACAGCACUAGAGCAGACAGUGAGCAGAGAGAAUGGGGCUUUGGAGGAUAUAGAGAUAGAUUGAAGAAGGAGGAGAAGAAGAAGAAGAAGAAGAGGAAGAGGAGGGCUGGGGGAGAAAAAAGUCAGACACCCGAGAGAAUCAUCUUUGAGACAGUGGGAAUGACACUUUAAGUGAAAGAGAGAGUCGACCAGACGGAGCACAUCUAAGUGCUCUCCUUCCAUCUCUUAACUACUACUCCUCCUGUGUCCUGGUCCUGACUGCUGCUGCUGCUGCUGCUGCUGCUGGCGGUGCUGGUGGUGUGUUUUGUGUGGUGCCCAAGGCUCCAUGCUGUGUUUUUAACCAGAGGACUGGUUUAUACAGAUGCCUCUCUCCGUGGCAGAGUCUGCAGUGAAUAUCUGAAAUCCCAUCUUCCUCCUCCUCUGCGGCCAACAUGUCCCAGCUGCUCCAUGUGGAGAUCCCAAACUUUGGAGCCACAGUUUUGGGCUCCCUUAACGAGCAGCGCCUGCUGGGACACUACUGUGAUGUAUCCAUCCUGGUCAAAGGUCAGGCUUUCAAAGCCCACCGGGCCGUUUUGGCUGCCAGCAGCCUCUACUUUCGCGACCUCUUCAGCACCUCCACCAAGACCCAGUUUGAGUUGCCCUCCUCAGUCACACCUGCUUGCUUUGAGCAGAUCCUCACUUUCUGCUACACAGGGAAGCUAACAAUGGCAGCUAGUGAACAGCUGGUGGUGAUGUACACAGCUGGCUACCUCCAGAUUCAGCAUAUAGUUGAAAGAGGCAUGGACCUAAUGUUCAAGGCAAACUCACCUCACUGUGACUCGCAGACAGCAGGGUCUUUAGAGGAAACAGGAUCCGAGCCGCAGAGUCCUUGUAAUAACGGUAACGGACUAGCGGUGGCUGCUCUUUUGGGAACGCCAGGCUGGUCUCCAUCCUUACUGAUGCCGCAACGGAAGAUUAAACUCGAAGGAGGCGACCCGACGCCUGUGACGGUACCCUCGACGCAUAGCAAGAUUUCGUCUUCGGAGUUGGGGAGUCGGCUGGCGAGGGCCAGUUCGCUGUUCUACUCGACGGCUGGCGGGACCACCAUCCCCGGUAUGCCUUCAUACCAACUGCAAGGGGCUGGUGGAGGUGGAGGUGGAGCAGGAGGAGGGGUUGAAAGGUCCAGUCCUGGAGCGUCCAGCCUGCCGACCACAGACAGUCCUACAUCCUACCAGAAUGAGGAUGAGGAGUUCGAAGAAGAGCCCUACGAUGGGAUCACAGAGGACGCGUACAGUCAUCUCUUCGGUCGUUCAGCUAACCCCUACGGCAUCCAGGACAAGCCAGAGAUGGCAGCGGUGCCCUUGGCCUUGGAGAACCGCAACUGUGUGCUGAUCCGCAGGGACCUGGUGGCGCUGCCUGCAAGCCUCAUCAGCCAGAUAGGCUACCGCUGCCACCCUAAGCUCUACACUGAGGGGGACCCCGGGGAGAAGCUGGAAUUGGUUGCUGGUACACAGGUGUUCAUGACCCGAGGCCAGCUGAUGAACUGUCAUCUAUGCGCCGGCAUCAAACACAAAGUCUUGCUCCGGCGUCUGCUAGCCACGUUCUUCGAUAGAAACACUUUAGCCAAUAGCUGUGGGACAGGUAUCCGUUCCUCUACUAGUGACCCCAGUAGGAAACCCCUGGACAGCAGGGUCCUCAACGCUGUCAAACUCUACUGUCAAAAUUUCAACCCUAACUUCAAGGAGAGUGAAAUGAAUGUGAUUGCUGCUGACAUGUGCACAAAUGCCAGGCGUGUCCGCAAGCGGUGGCUGCCGAAGAUCAAGUCCAUGCUGCCUGACGGCAUGGAGGUGUACCGUGCAGGAAUGGGCAUGGGCGCUGCCGUGGGCCUGGGCCUGGCACUGGGUGCCCCUCAGCCAGGGGUGCCCCUCCCCUUCGAGCCUGACUUCAAGACCCUGGAGCAAAGGUUGUAUCCAGAUCGCAAGGACCCUCUCAGGACUCACCCACCGCUGAGAGAGGGCAGCCCCGGAUCUGGGGCGGCUGGAGCAGAGGCUGAAGGUGAAGGUGAAGGAGUAGUCCAGGAGGAACAUGAGGAAGACGAGGAUGAAGCCGGGUUAGAGGGUGUAAACGGAUCACUGGGGGCGCCAACUUUGAUCCCAGGAGCUGAGGCAGGCAAUUGUGGUGACACGCCGCCUGAGCAGGAAGUGGAAAGUUUCGGACAAGGUCUGAGGGUGAACGGACAGUGAAUGUCCCCUGGGCUGCCUCUCACAUUGUGAAAUCUGUUUAACACCGCAUUUUCUUUUGCUUGCUCUCUUACUCUAACAUCUCGUCCACCACUCUUUCUUCUCCGCUGUGCUUCCUCAACGGGAAUUAUUCAGCACAACAAAGCUGCGCUCGUAGGUCUUACUAUACAGGAAUCUGUCACACAUGCAUGUGCACACGUGUACACGCACAAUUACUGAUAGUGGAAGUAGAGCAGCGAUAGUAGAAGUAGACACAGGCAUGGCAUUCGCACAAUGAGAAAAUCAACCCUCUCUGCUCCACCCUUUUCUCCAUGUAUUCUGUAUUUACUCAGUAUUUCGGCACCGGCAGCAAUAUUACAAAGACCUGAUAGCAAAACAAAUGGCUGUAAUGAUUCAUUAUUUCAGUGCAAUACAAAAGCAACAAGCUGCUUUGCUGGCAGUUUAUGUGGGGUAUAAAGGUUCCUGAAAAGAAUUCCCUUUUGGUGGAAAGCUUCUUCUGAAAAUAACCCCAUGUAACUCUGGGGGGGAAAAAAACAGAUGAGUGACACACAGCUUGCUUCAAAAGCCCAGUUUUAUCACUUAACAUUGUUGUAAGAUAAAUAUGUAUGAAUAUAUAACAAAGAAUGUAUUAUAAUUAAAGGUCAAGUACUGUAUUACCACCGUCAGACAGAACAAGUUUCUUUCUCAGUUAAAACAGCAUGUCAUUUUUAUGAUAAACAUGAGGACAAGUUUUUUUCUGCGAAGGCUUUAGACUUCUCCAAAAACUCUUACAAAAACAUCGUAUCACAUGUAGUUCUUUUUUCAUGCAUAUUGGCCCGUGACAUAUUGGAUUAGAGUGUCAAUGUGAUGCCUGUGUCUGCUCCAGACUGCCCCCCCUCCCGACCACACACACACACACACACACACACACACACACACACACACACACACACACGACACACACACACACACACGCCACACAUGACACACACAGACAGACACACACACACACCACACAGACACACACACACACCACACAUACAGACACACACACACACCCUAUGAUACUAGCUUUUAAUAUCUGCACCAGUGCAUUUAGAAUACACUGUCCAACAACAACAAAAAAGAUGUAACAAAGCUUUUUAACUUUGAAAAGAAAUCAUUUUAAAACAACAUCAUUCUGUCACAGAGACACGGAGGAAAGGGAGACACGAACAAGAACACAAACAGCUUGCAUGCAUGAAUACAAACAGUGGACACAGAGAAUUACUGAAAAACAACAGCAAAGCCACAAACCUGCAUCGAAAUAUGAAAAACAGCUACUGUUGCCUCGACAUAUGCCAUUAAUACGCAAAAGGACUUUUUAAUCCCGCUUCUUGCUGGGAUCUGACCUCAGUCUGACACACGUUAGAACUGACCUGGGCGUGACCCAGGAUUGUGUUUGACACAGUAUCGAUUGGAUUUGUUUUGUUUUUGUUUCUUUUAAACUACGGAGCGUGCUGUCACCACGGGUAUAUGGAAGAGUACACUACACUGAGUGGUAGAAAGAAACAUGUCAGAGAGAAGCACUGUUUCACCUUGAUGUGAUGUGGUGGUGUGAUUGGCACCAAGACUAUAUAGUCCUGCUUCCAUCCUGUUUUUUUUUUUGUUUGUUUUUUCUGGGUGGGUUGGGGGGGUAAAUUAUUGAAUAAAACUUAUAUGAGCAAUUUCUGCUGGCUUACUGCAUUUGCACUCAAGAUAAAAAGGUUAAGGGGUGGGAAACUAAGAAGUUUGGCAAAAUGUGACUGUAAAGACUGUAAAUUUUCCCCCACUAAAACUGGAGUGGGGCGAUGAGUCGAGCAGGGACUUUAACCUGUAUUUGUCAUACUCAUUUUCUUCUUUUUCUUUGGCAUCUGUUUUGUCACGCUUUCAGCCGCGUGUAGGGACGCAGUCCAAACAGCCUUUCUUUUGUUGUUUUGUGCAUUGAUUUUGAAGAGAUACACUGUUUUGUAAGUUUUUACUUUACUGUUUCUAAUUCAUGUUGAUGUGCAUCUAAUCACAGGUUCAGACCAUCAGAUUCAGUUGAAUGAAUGAACCUCAAAGUUAUUUUAAGGCCAUCAAUAUUUUGGGGGGGAAAGCGUAGCUAUGUAUGAAGAAAAAUACAGUAAAUCUUUUUUUUUUCCUUUGCAGAAAUUGAGUGCAUAAGUUAACAACCAAGUAAAAAAAAAAAAAAAAAGAAACAACAAAAACAGUAUAUGCCCCCCAGAUAUAUUUGAUCUAUCUGUUCAUGUUUGGCCCAGAAAGGUUGGCCCGGAUUAUUCUCUGUUUGUGUUGUCUUGUUUCGGACUCUUUAGGGGAAGCUUUAAGAAAGCCCCUGCACAAGAAACACAGGGUUAUACUUGCACUAGGUAAUGAUAAUAAUAGUAAUAAUGACGUUUACAGUCUUGUUUUUUCUUUUUCUUUUUCUUUUUCUGUCUAUUUUUGGAAGAAAUGUGAUUUGUCAGAGGUAAAACAGGGCUGUGUUAGAAUGGCUGAGAUGAUGAAUGAAUGUAAAUUGUAGCACUGCUUUGGCGAAGGGGUCCAAGCCUUGACCUGAUAUGGUCAAAAAUACUCUUAUAUGACUCAUUUUUUUUCCUCAGUUGUAUACAAAAAUUAAUAUUGGCCACAGUAUAAAUAUAAUUUGACUGUGAGGCCAGGUGAUGGUCUAACCAAAACCUUUUGUGAUUUUCUUUUUCUUUUUGUGACUAAUGUGAAAAGGUCUUCCAGUGCGACGAACAGCAGGGAGCAUUUCUCUAAUAUACAGAAAACUGAGCGAAGCUUGAGUACAGGAUUUUAUUUUUUAAAGUAUUUUGACAGUUGUGUACUGUAUGUCUGUAAUGUUGGAAAUCUUCACAAAAACUGAAAAGAUCCGGAAAUCUUCCUGUACAGAUACACAUUGAGGUUUAACAAAAUUAUGUUUUUCUUUUAUUUUUUUUCCUACAAGUUCUUAAAGAUUCUCUUGUUUAAAAAAUAAUAAAAUAAAUAAAGAUA